GUUUGUUUGCUUUUGUGACAUCACCUUGACUUUGCCCAGCAGCCGACUCCCCUAACACUGGUUCGCUCGUAUCACUUCUUUCUGUCUCACAUUACCCCUUUGAUUUGACGGAAAUUCGCAUCUGUCAUCGCCUGUACGUGGAGCAGAGCAGUGCGGUAAUUACUACUCGCAGCUGUGAAGUUCCGAAUCACUAAGGUAUGGUAAUGUACAUCAUACCUGUGCCCGCACGCGCCCCAAUCUUUCUACUCCCCUUUCUUCUACUAUGAACUAAUUACAUUUCCCGCUGUUCGUUCUCUUCCCGGACGCAAGCACCCCAAAGGCAACUAAUAAUUCGUUGGUUCUACCGCACCUAUAUAUCAUCCCGGCAUUUGCAAUUUGCGGUAUUCGGUAUUAGUCAAGGGAAAACAAAGGUCGAAACAGAAUCAUGGCGCCGUCAACAACCAACACCGAUGAUAAUAUUCUCCAAUCCUGCUGUUCCCACGAGGAGCGGUUCCGCGAUCCGGCCUCCCCUUCCUCCCUCUUCCGGAUCGACAUGCACACGCAUAUGAUGCCCCCCUCCCUCCCCGACUUCUCUUCCUCCUCCUCCUCCUCCUCCUCCUCCUCCUCCUCCUCCUCGACGACGACGACGACGUACGUGUGGCCGGCCCUCCGCCCGGCGCCGGACCACGCCGAGACGGGGGCGGUCGACAUGUACGUGGGCGGGUCCUUCUUCCGGCGGGUGGACCGGGCGUGCUACGACCCGGCGGCGCGCGUGGCCGCCAUGGACGCGGCGGGCGUCGACGUGCAGGUGCUGAGCACGGUGCCGGCCCUCUUCUGCUACGACGCCCCCGCCGACCCGCCCGGCCCGGCCCUCGACGCCGCCCGCUCGCUCGCCCGCGCCCUCAACGACCACCUCGCCUCCGUCUGCGCCGCCCACCCGCGCCGCUUCGUCGCCCUUGGCACCGUGCCCCUCCAGCACUGCCCCUCCGCCGUCGACGAGCUCCGCAGGCUCGUGCGCCUCCCCGGCAUGGUCGGCGUGCAGAUCGGCACCAGCGUGGAGAAGCCCGCGUCGUCGUCGUCGUCGACGGCGGCCGCGGAGCCGCCCGUCAUGCUGGACGACGAGCGGCUCGAGGAGUUCUGGAGCGCGUGCGAGGAGCUGGACGCGCCCGUCUUCGUGCACCCGCUCGGGUACGCGCUGACGCGGGAGAACGCGGCCCGCUGGGGCGGCUACUGGGGCUCGUGGCUCGUCGGCAUGCCCUGCGAGACCGCCCUGGCCAUGCACCGCGUCCUGGCGUCGGGCCUCCUGGUGCGCCACCCGAGGCUGCGGCUGUGCUUCGCCCACGGCGGCGGCGCCUUCCCGGCCCUGCUGGGCCGCAUCCAGCGCGGCUUCGACUGCCGCCCGGACCUGGUCGCCACCCGCGCCUGCGGCGUCUCCCCGACCGAGCACUUCCGCGGCCGCGAGGAGGAGACGGCGGCGGCGGCGGCGGCGGCGGCCGGCGGGGGUCUCCCCCCGCAGAUCUGGAUCGACUCGCUCAUGCACGACCCGGACCUGAUGGAGUUCACCCUCCGCAAGCUGGGGCCCCACGGCGCUACCCGCAUCCUUCUCGGAAGCGACUACCCCUUCCCGCUCGGCGAGGUCCCCGUCGCCGGCAAGAUGCUGACCGAGGACGAGCAGCUGGGCCGCGUCAUGACCUGGGCCGACAGGGCGCGGGUCCUGGCCGGGAACGCCAUCCGGUUCCUGAAACUGGGGCGCGACUUUGAGGAGCGGUUCGAGGAGCGGUGGACGCGCUUCCAGAGCGCCCGCCAGCUCCCGGCCGGUGACGAGCAGCAGAACAAGGAUGGCGGCCUCCGCGACAGCUGGAGGCAUCGCGACAGCGCCAUCGAUCUGGCCGGGGAGGAACAGCUCGACGGACAAGACGACGGCAAGAGGGGAUCUGUGUUAUUAGUCAAUGGAAAGCCGGACCGAUCUCCCGAAAGCAUCAGCGCUGCCCUCGACGUGUAAUCAUACGGAGACGAGUGAGGCGGCAUACCGACGGGAUUUGAUUUUUGGCAACAUGAUCGGGCGUAUAAUUAUUCUAUCGAUAUUUGGCUGCGGAUUCGUUUUUUUGCGCUGGUGAAUUUGGAAUCGUCCUAGGGAGAGCCUACCUAAGGUACCUAAUUAAUCAUAGCUGAAUGAAUGAAUGUUCAGAUGGCACUUGUUGGAACUGAAUAGUCCUCAGCAAGCUUACCUAGAGGCAACCCUAAUCUAUAUUAUUACACCUAAGACCCCUCUGGGCCAAACAUCUUCUCGCUGCAGAGUAGCGAGGGCCUUGCCCUGAG